UUUGUCAAAUCCUUUUAAUCUCUAGAUGCCCCCUUAAUCCCGAUAUCCAUCUUAAUCUACCCAGAUCUCACAAUGUCCAUGCUAAUUCCUCAAAUACGCUCACAUUUUUUACAUCCACUUUUAUCCAUGAAAAUCCUUCGAUAUUUUUUCAAUUUUUCUAUAAACAUUUAAUCCCUUCGUUUUUGAUAUUCUCAAAUCCCUUGUUAUCCGAUUGAGUCCGUCAAGUUCCCCGAUAUCUCUCUUAAUCCCCGUGUUAAUUACUCCUAAUCUCUUUAUAUCCUUUUAUUAGUCCGCUGACGAUUUUUACUUAUUCUCCACUGACGCAUUGUCCGGAACGGAUUGUAUAUUUUUUAUAAAAAUUAAAAAUAAAAUCUAUUUUAUUAAAUAAUCUAAAAUUAAAAUUUUGUUGUUGGAAAAGUAAUAUUCUUAAAAUUAUAUUAUUAAAUAAGAAAAUUUUUUUUAUUUUCAAGUAGUUUUAGCUUUUUUGUUCAUUUCUCUAAUGGUUUGCAUUUUAGGAAUUGAAGGAAGUGCAAAUAAGAUUGGCGUAGGCAUUGUUUGUGAUGGUGAAGUACUCAGCAAUCCGAGACGAACUUUUCAUGCUCCCCCUGGUGAAGGAUUUCGUCCAACCGAAACAGCAGUUCAUCAUCGACAGCAUGUUGUAUCACUUGUGAUUGAAGCUCUGAGGAUAGCGAAAAUAGAGAUUGAUGCAAUUGCUUACACAAAAGGACCAGGAAUGGGUGCACCUCUACAGGUUGGAGCUGUAGUUGCCCGUACACUUGCACAAUUAUGGAAAAAGCCUGUUAUUCCAGUCAAUCACUGUGUUGGACAUAUUGAAAUGGGAAGAUUAAUUACUGGUGCUAAAAAUCCAGUUAUUCUUUAUGUUAGCGGUGGAAAUACACAGGUCAUUUCCUAUUUAAAUCAAUGCUAUUGUAUUUUUGGAGAAACUUUGGAUAUUGCUGUUGGUAAUUGUCUUGAUCGUUUUGCUCGUAUUCUAAAACUUUCAAACGAACCUAGUCCCGGUUAUAAUAUUGAACAAUUGGCUAAAAAAGGUUCUCGCUUCUAUCAACUCCCUUAUGUUGUCAAAGGAAUGGAUAUUUCUUUGUCUGGAAUUCUUUCACAUAUUGAAAAAGAAGCUCCAAUACUUGUUAAAUCUGGAAAAUUUUCUGAUGCUGAUUUGUGUUUUUCUUUGCAGGUUUUUUUAAAAUUUUUUGAAAAUUUUUUGGAUGAAUUUUGGGUUAGAAAUUUUUUUAGAAAAUCCUUUGGGAAAAAUUCUUGGUAA